GUCUCAGCGGAUACUCUUGACUAUCGGAGCGCACUACCCUGCGUUCCGAAUGGCCCUGGCGCCUGGCCCGCUGACGGGUAGGUAGGUACGGUGCAUGCACGCGCACGAACCGCACACCCUCUCCCGAUGUGGCUCGUCGGGCAUGUAUGCUUGUCCUCGCUGCGUUUACAUUUGAUACAUUUAAGUAGCGCUGGGGACUGAAAGCUUUUACAACGUAUCGGAGCUUCCCGCCAAAAUGCAAGGCCCUCCGAGCACCUCCCUCGCCGUGGCUUGAAUUCUUCUGGUUUUACCUGCUGCAGCGUGUCGUGGCGUCGUUCGCACGACGAUGGUGCUUCUCUCAAACCUCUAGCAGGACUGGGCUACGGUCAGACCGUUUGAUCGGGCGGAAUGUGGUUCUCGCCUAACGGCCCUGGCGCCGACAGCUUGGCUCAACAAGGUAUGGCGUAUCGCGAGGACAGAAGCCGCUGGAACCCAGGUGGAGUCGACCCGCAGCCAGCAGGCGUAGCGCUGCAGCCGCUGCAGCGAAUAGCAGCGGGACCGCGGGCACCCUUUGAAGUCGCCCCUGCCGCUUCAGGAGCAACCAAUCCUUUCGCGGGUUGCCUUGGUGGCGGUCGUGUGCGGCAGCGCAUCGGCGGUGGGCACAGUGGGCUGUGGCUCAGCGGUGGGAGCGGCGGCGAUGGGGAGUUCGCGGCGGGCGCAGCAGGCCCCGCCACUGCACACGUACCGGGCGGCUACAGCGGCCUUGGUGGCGGCGACCCGGGCGGGAGCGGAGCGAGCACCGGGGCGUGGGCUGCUGGGCCGGAGGGCGGCGCUGCUGCUGAGCAAUACAGUGAGGGCUGGGCGGCGGGGCAGGCUGCAGCUGGCGGCAGCACUGGCCGCGGCAGCAGGGGCCCCAACGACCUCCACCAGUCCGCCCGUCACCAGACCACUAGCAGGCUGCCGUCAUCGCGGACGGCAGCACUUGAUGUGGGUCGGCAUCAGCAGCACGCGCAGCAGGCACGGGCACAGUUUGGCGAUCUGGGUCGGGCGCAGCAGCUGCCCACGCCGGCACGGCAGCCGCCACCUCCGCAGCAGCAGGAAUGGCACUCGCAUCAUGGGCAGCAGCAGGCCGCAGCUUGGAGCUACUACGGCGACGUGAACAUCAGCAGCGGCGGUGGCGGCGGCCUGCAUGACGCAGCCCGCCUCGCGGAGGAGUACGCGGAUCAGCUCUUGAGUGGCGGGGGCGGCGCCGGCAGGGCUGGAGCUGGGGUGCUAGACGAGCCGCUGCCGCACGCAGCAGCAGGCUCGGCGGACGCGGCAGCAGGGGAGGCUGCCGAUGCGGGUAUGGGUCGGCACGGGCUAGGCAGGCAGCAGGGGCCAUCGGACGUCCCUGACUUGCAGCACCAGCAGCACCAACAGCAGCAGCGGCACCGGGGCCUGGGUGGGCAGCAGCAGGUGGUGAUGGCUGCGGCCUACUACGGCAGCACCCUGGGAGUGGCCGUGUAUGAUGCGCUCUGCAAUGAGCUGGGCGUCAUGCAGUGCCACGAUGAGGUUAAGGGGCCGCAGGCGUACCAGAUGCUCCAACUGGCAAAGCUGCAGCUGGGUCCCGACCUGCUACUGCUCAGCAGCAAGUCAGACGCUGCGGCGCUGGAGGCGGCGCAGCUGCAGCUGCCGGACACAGGUGCCGGAGCGGUGGAUGCGGGGGACGGAAGCGCUGGCGAAGGAAGGGGCCCUGCAGACACUGGGGAUGGUGAUGGAGGAGGGGAAGGAGGAGGCGAAGGAGCUGCGGCUGGGAUUGAGGUCCGGCUGGAGCGAAGCGGUGCCUUCGCUUACGAAGAGGCGAAACGGCGCGUCACUUCGCAGUUGGUGGUGCGCGACUCGUCGGGCGGCAGCGGAGCCUCCGUGCCUCAUCAGCAGCUGCUGCUGCCGGAGCUGCUGGGCCAGGGCCAGGCGGUGUCGGCGCUGGGUGCGCUGGUGGCCCACCUGCUGCGAGAGGGACACGGCCGGGCGCCCGAGGGAGGAGAAGGCGAGGAGCACGAGGAAGGGGAGGAGGAAGACGGCGACGGCUGGGGCGGCGGCAGCGGCACCGGCCGCGGAGCUGGCGUCAGGGGCAGGGGCAGGGGCCGCCGUGCCGGCGCCGCUGGUGGCUCCGGUGUGGUGCUUGUGGUGGAGCGGCUGAAGCAGCUUAGCAUGCAGGGCCUGCUGCAGGUGGACGGCGCCACGCUGUACGGGCUGCAGGUGUUCGCCAGCGAGCGCCACCCCUCGGCCAUGGGGCUGGGCCGGCCCAAGGAGGGCUUCAGCCUCUUCAACCUGGUGGCGCACCGCUGCGUCACAAACAUGGGCCGGCGGCUGCUGCGGCUGUGGUUCCUGCGCCCGGCGGCGGACCUGGACGUCAUUCGGGAUCGCCAGGACACCAUCGAGCUGCUGCUGCGGGACGGGGCGGAGCUGGUGCCGCUGCUGCGGGCCGAGAUAAAGCCGCUUCCGGACGUGCACUCGCUGCUGCGGCGGCUGGCGGCGGUGCAGCAGCGCCCCGACCUCAGGGCACUGCAGCUGCUGCAGAGCUGCCUGCUGCAGCUGCUGCGGCUGCGGUCGGUCUUCGCAGAGCACCUGGCGCCAGGCGGGGUCGCCCAGGACACCGGCGGCAGCGGCGGCAGGGCUGCCGCCUCCGGCGCCACCGCGGCCGAGCAGCAUCAGCCGCUGAGUUGGGAGCGCGUGGGCGUGAGCGCCAAGGUGCUGACCCACAUCAGCCAGGACCUGCAGGGCGCGGUGGACCUCCUGCUGAGCAUCCUCGACACCAACCAGCCCGAGGAAGGGCUGGUGGUGGCCGCGGGCGUGUGUCCGCCCCUGGACCGACUCAAGGCCGCCUACAGGGCGCUGCCGAGCCUGUUAACGGCGGUGGUGGAGGCGGAGCUGCGGCGUGUGCCGCGCUACCUCAUGCGUUCCAACCUGCAGCAGCUGUGGACCGUGCUGUACCUGCCGCAGGUGGGCUUCAUGAUGAAGGUGGAGGGGCAGCAACUGACGGCGGACCUGCUGGACGCGCUGCCUGACUUUGAGCUGGCCUUCACCGGCAGCGAGGCGGCGGCAUCAGCGGCGUCAGCAGGGGCGGGGGUUGGAGGAGCCGCUGGGGGAAGCGGCGACGGAGCCGGAGGCGGCGGGGAUGGCUCGGGCUCAGGCUGGGCUGCGUACUACCACACGCAGGCUACACGAGACCUGAACGCACGGUUCGGCGACCUGCUGUACAAGAUACAAGACCUGGAGGGCACGCUGCUGGCUGAGAUGGCGGCGCGGCUGCUGGCGGCGCACGGGGCGCCGCUGCAGCGGGCCGCCGCCGCCGCCGCCGAGCUCGACUGCCUGCUGGCGCUGGCGGCGCUGGCUGCGGAAGGCGGCGGCGGCGGCGCCGGUGGCGGCUACUGCCGGCCGCAGGUCACGGCCGACAACGUCCUCACUGUUGUGAACGGCCGCCACCCACUGGCUGAGCUGGUGGUGCCCACCUACAUCCCCUUCAGUGUGGAGUUCGGCGCCCGGGCAGCCCGGCUGCAGGUGGUCACAGGCCCCAACGCCUCCGGCAAGAGCUGCUACGCCCGCGCCGUGGCGCUCAUCGCCUACCUGGCGCACCUGGGCUCCUACGUGCCGGCACAGGCCGCCACCAUAGGCCUGGCCGACCGCAUAGCAGCGCGCUGCGCCACGCCGCCGCUGGGAGCAGCGACCGUGUUCAAAGUGGCAGGCGGUGCGGCGGCGGCGGCGGCGGCGGGCAGUGGCGAGGGAGGGGCGUACGGCGGCGUGGCGGCGGCGGGCGGCGGGGGGCUUGGUGGAGGCGGCGGCGGGCGGCUGCUGCGGCCGAGCACCUUCAUGGCAGACCUGACACAGGUGUCGGCCAUGCUGCGCACCGCCACCGAGCGCACGCUGCUAGUUCUAGACGAGUUCGGAAAGGGCACACUGGCCUCAGACGGCGUGGGCCUCUGCGCUGCCCUGCUCACCCAUUUCGCAGGCGCCGGCAGCAGCAGCGGCACUGGCGGCAGCGACACAGAAGCCGUGCUGGGGCUGGCGGCGGCUGAAGGCGGCUCGACAGGAGCAGGGGCGGCGCAGGCGCCACGGCGGCUGCGGCUGCCGCCUCGGCUGGUGCUGUGCACCCACUUCCACGAGCUGUUCCGACCUGGAGUGCUGCCGCCCAGCCGCCAGCUGGCCUUCCUGCAGAUGGAGGUGCUCAGCAGCAGUGCCGCCGCAGGCGGCGGCGGCGGCGACGGCUGCGACGGCGGCGGGCGUGCCAGUGGUGGCGGCAGCGACGCAUGUGCAGCAAGGGGUGGCGGCAGCAACGGCAGGGCAGGCGGUGGUGAUGUUGGCGGCGCAGGGGGCGGCGCCGCCGCCACCGGGACGACGGUGUUCCUAUACCGGCUGGUGCCGGGCUGCUGCUCCUCCAGCUUUGGCGUGCACUGCGCGGCUUUGGCGGGAUUGGAGGACGCCGUGUGCCGCCGGGCCGAGGAGGUCAUUCGCGCGGUGCAGCAGGGCGCCCCCAUCGGGCGCUCGGCGCGGGUGCUGGCGUGCGAGCGGGUGGCCCAUGAGGGGCGGCUACUGCGGCGCCUGCAGGGCGCCGCGGUGCUGCCGGCGGGGCGGGAUCUGGACCAAGAGCUACUGCGAGUAUUUCGGGAAGAGCAGCAGCGGCAGGCGCAGCAGGAAGGGCAUGCGUAGGCGGGUGUGACAGAGGAGGGUCCGCGAGGGGUGAGGUCACGGGGAGCAGCUUGUAUGCGAGGAAUUAUGGGCUCGCGCGACGCGGGAUAAGUGCGUGUCCGCGGUGGGCCAUGUAUUUUAAGUUGUGCUUCAUUUGCUAUCCCGGGGGGUCCG